AUGAGUAGGAUUGAUAGAUUUAUCAUUUCGGAUAAGGUGGUGAACGAUUGGGGUGUGAUUGGUCAAAGAAUCGGAGAAAGAGAUGUCUCGGACCAUUGUCCAAUUUGGUUGGAAGUGGAUUCUAAGAAUUGGGGUCCUAAGCCUUUUAAAUUCAACAAUGAAUGGUUUUCGUGUAGUUCCUUUUAUGCUUUCGUGGAGAAGGAAUGGAAAAGUUUUAAAGUGGAAGGUAGAGGCGACUUCGUUUUGAAACAAAAACUUUUUCUUUUGAAAGGGAGGCUAAAGUGGUGGAAUAAGGAGGUUUUUGGUAAAAUGGAUUUGGAGAUUCAAGAGGAGGUCAAUGAGAUUAAUCAACGGGAUCUUUUGUUGGAAGUGGAAGCGGAGGAAUCUCACCCGGAAAUUGUUACUAAAAGAAAAGAAGCUACUAGCCGGUUUUGGAGGAACUUGAGGAUAAAAGAGAAUAUGUUAGCUCAAAAAGCAAACUUGAAAUGGUUAAAGGAAGGUGAUUCUAAUAGUGGUUUUUUUCACAAGGUUAUGAAAAAAAAAAGGUAUAAUCAUAUUGGUCCCAUUAAUACUUCGGAAGGUGUUUUGGAUUCGGUGUUGGAGAUUAAGGAGCAUGUUGUCCGGCAUUUUUCCAAAAAAUUUGAAGAGGAGGAGGGAAUUUCACCGUUGUUAUAA